GGUGGGAGACAGUGUUUUCUGGUGCUUGAGUAAUCAGAACAUGAGGUAGGAGCCCUUUGACUUCUUACCUGAGGACCCUAAAAUAAAGUUGUAUGAGAGGAGUUCAAGUAAAAGUUGGUCAUUGAGUUUUAGCACCAGGCCUCCCCCAAACUUCAUUCCACAGAGCACCUUCUUUCCUCCAAGGUUAUUCUGUUACUGAGGGGAAAAGUAUUUUUUUUUUUUCUGGAGCUCUUAAUUCAGAGAGAUAGGAAAGAGAAUUGUGGUUUUUAGAUGGUUUUUGAAUGUGGAGCCUUUUCCUGUGUUCAACACCUCUGUCACAAUCUUACCUUUCUUUAAUAACACUGAACCCAGUCUUACUGGGGGACAUUUUUUGAGUCAUUCAUAGCUUCUUGCAUAGAAUUAAGUGUUCUAGACAAUGUGUGGUGAUGAUUCCAUGUCAAUGUGUAGUAAGGUUGGUAACCUAAGCAGUUCACUGUUGCUAAAUAGAGCAGGAUGCUACAGGUUCUUUAUAUCACUCCUCCUUCGGUCCUCAGUUAUUUCCUAAUCAACAUUUCACUUUAAGUUGUAUCUACUUUCUAAGUAAAAGUACAUAUUCUCUUUACUUGAAAUAUAUUGUCUUAAGUUCAUAUGUUUACCUAAAACAUUCUUAAGUCAAAUAUACUAAACAAUAGCUCUCAAAUCACCAAGAUCAGGGAACUAAACAGUGAUCUGAGAAAUAAGAAACAAAUGAGUUAAGCCUGUGUGAUUUGCAGCUUACCUCUUGGAUCCAGAUCAUGUUCCAAGGAAGGUUAACUUGAGGUUAAUUCAAGGAUAUGGAACUGAGAGUUCAGAAGCAUUUAAGUAGCUAGAACUUACAGGUCACUGUGUCAGAGAAGAUGGACAUUUAACAUAACAAAACCCAAAAGGUCUAUAGAGGAUCAUCUUUAAUUAUUUAUUUGGGAAAGUAUUGCUGUUGAGUGACAGGAAACUACUUAUGGCCAAUAAAAAUCCUUCUGAAAAUAUUAGAAGAGAAUUUGAUACUAACACAAGACUGAGCAUAGUUCCUGGAAAAUCUCUUCAUAAAUUGAGUAUUGGGAGAAUACAUUGGAAAGCCUUUUGGAUAAUGGGAAAUAGUCCAGACAUGCAUUAAAGGUAAUAAUUGAAGAGAUCAAUCAAACUGUCCCCAGGAAACUUCAUCUAGAAACAAAUCACAAGAAAAUCUAUAGAAAUGCAAAAAAUAUCUUGUACCCAGUAAUAAAAUCGGCAAUACCUAACAUCUAGUCAAAGAUUGUAGGCAUGCAAAGAGUGCAAUCAGUAGUAAGGAGAAUAAUCAAUUGGUUCAAACUGACUCAGGACCUAUGCAGCAGACAGAACAGAAGAUAUACACCUUAAACUAUUAAUUAUUUGAUAUGUUCAAAAUGUAAACAGAGAAAUGAAAGAUGUCAAGACUCUCAACUCAUGAUAUGCAAAAUUAAAAAUGCACUGGUUAAUAUUAAUGUUACAAGAAAAUAUUACUAAACUCUGGGACACAGAAACAGAAACUACCCAGAGUGAAUCAGUUCAGAUACAAGUGAAAAGAGAACAUCAAACCAUAGCUUCUGCUUGCCAGAUCAAUGUGUAAUUGGUGUUCCUGAAGAGAAGAAAGAAAGGAAUAAGUGAGGUAAUGAUGACUAAGAUAUUACCAUACAUUUUUUAGUGGCUAUGAUUUAAAAGAUGACAGACACAUUUAGUGGAGAAAAGAUAUGGAGCAAAAGGGACUCUUAUUAGCUGCUAGCAGAAAUAAACAAUGUCUUAUCCUUGGCAGAAAAACAUCGUAAUACUGAUGGAAAAAGAACUGUUAGACUAGAAUAAUAUAAUCCUAGAAAAUGUGCCUCAGUAUUAAAUUAGCAUUCUAGUCAAUUAUUUAAAAUAAUACAACAAUAUAUUACAGAAGUGAAACUCUGACUUAAAAUAGCAGUUGAAGGGGCGAGGUGAACUUAUAAAUGUCCAAAACUCACAUAUAGAAAAUUAUCAGGCCAAAAAUGCUCUAUAAAAUUAAAAAUCAUAAAAGGAGGGGCUGAGGGGAUGGCUUAGUCAAUAAAAUAUUUGUUGCUUAAGUACGAGGAUCUAACUUUGGAUCCCUAGCACCAAGGUGUAGACCAAGCACAACAACCCAUGCUAUGCCCUAAGCUCCAGGUUCAGUGAAAGACUCUGUCUCAAAACUUAAGGUGGAGAGUGUCAGACGAAGACACCUGAUACCAUCCUCUGACUUCCACAUGCAUGCAUAUAGGUAAGCACACACCCAUUCAGUACUAACGAGCAGUUGAAGACAGCUCACGCUGACCUCUGGUCAUACACAUGCACAAACAUGAAAACAAACAAAAACACACAAAAAAGGAAAAUUUCAGAAUUAUAAACUUCUGUUCCUCAAAAGAUACUUGUGAGGGCUGAAAAGGUGACUCAACAGUUAAGAGCACUAGCUGUUCUUUCAGAGGACCUGAGUUCAGUUCCAGCAUUCCAGUCAGGUAACUUAUAACCAUCUGUAACUUCAAAGGGAUCUAAAACCUCUGGACCUGCAGGCACCUGCGCUCAUGUACAUAUACCUACAUGCAGAAAUACACAUAAUUAAAAAUAAUGUCUUGAAAGGAAACCUAUUGUCUGAAUUAGAACUGCUUUAGGAUUCAGAAACUCUGUAUAUCCUAGUUCUGGGGACUGGUAGACAUUCUACUGUACAGGCUCAGUGCAUUUUGCCUUGUCAGACAUGGCUAGAUAGACUGAUUCUGAGACAAACCACCUACAUAGCUGAGCAUCAGAUGUUGACAGGGAGGAAAGUGGAGGCUACCACUUGCAAAAACGAGAUUAAUACUACCUUCUGAAACUGGAAAUGUGGCAUAUGACAUGUUUCACAUGGGUAUCAGGAUUGAAAUAGUUGUACAUGUUGUUCCUGACACUUCUCUCCCACCACUACCCACAGUAACUUGUUGCUAUAACUUAGAAAAACAAUUAAUGGGUUUCUACUACUCCCCUGCUACAGAGAUGUGCUGGAAAUAUUUGAGCAUCCCCAUGAUCCCAACUGCACUCCUGCCUCAAGGUACAAUGCCUAUCAAAGUCCAAGGAAACUAUAGCCAAUAUCAGCCACAUUCUGCCCUCCCUUCUGUUUGCACCUCUCUGAGAGGAAUUUGCCAGAUUUCAGUCAUGAUCCAUCCCCACUGUAUCCUUCUUAGGCACUGUAUCUGAAAAACUGGGGCUGGGGGAGGUCCCCAUACAUCUUCAAGUCUGAAGUAACACUCUAGGGCAGGCAUUCUCACCACAGAAGAACAACACAACGUUCCCUACAUCUCAUUGAUCAUUGCACUGAUCUCUCUGUAUUACCACACCCUCGUUUUAAGUCAGGGUAUGAGUGCCACAGACAGAGAUUCCUGUUACACCCUCUCUGUCUAGAACUGGACCCAUGCCAAUGUCAGAUCAGAGGACAAGUACCUCAGGGCCCUCAUUACUGGAACAGCAAAUGCCAGAGGGUUCAAGUAAUAAAAUGAAUAUCAUCAUUGCCUAAGGAAACAAAUCACCUUGUAGGGGUCACAAGUUUCAUUAUAGGAGUAGGCACAGAGUAUACCCACACAUACUGCUUUCUAUAUCACAUUUGCUUGAACUGCUUGAGUAUCUCCAGUCUUGUUUGUAUCACCCAGAGAGAUAGUAGUUCUCUCUGAUUCUGAUAUAAUACAGAUAUAACUGGUAUUAACGCACUAUAUCCAAACUCACUGAUCAUAAACAAAUGUGCUUCAGAGAGAUUACACUGGUGUUCAACUGGAAAUCGCAGUGGCAUUGAAUAUCAAUAAGUCAAUGAACAAGGUACAUCUUCGGAAAACGUUAAGUCUGUACCAUAAAAGUGAUAAGGCUAUCCACUGCACCAGAUAUGUAAGCUUUAAUAUAGGAACAUAAGAACUGUGAAGAACAAGGUAAUACAACAUCUACUAAAGUCCAUUCAUAACACUCUAGUAAGAUAUUCCAAAGAGAUCAAAGUAGAUGAAAUACAUGUUAGAAAAUUCAAAAGAAUUAUUUCUUAAAAUCUCAAGAAAAUCAGACAAGCAGUUUAAUGAAAUUAGUAAGGCAAUGCUGAGUGAGGAAUUUAGCAGAGAGAUGGGGAUUUCAAAAAAGAAUAAGUCAGAAACUUGAAAAUUAAAAGUUCUAUAAAUCAGUUAAAAAAAUUAAGGCCUGUGGAUUAGAGCACUUGUAUGAGGACCCGAGUACUCAAAAGUUGUGCAUGACCACCGACAUGUAAUCCCUGCAUUGUGGAUCUCUGUGGCUCGCUGGCUGCCAACCUCAGCUUCAGUAAGAGACUCUAUCUCAAAAAAAUAAGUUGGAGAAUGACAUAGCAGGACACCUUUUGGCCUCUUCUGGCUUCUGUAUGAAUGUGUACUUAGCGUGUGCACCUGCACCACAGGCAUACCUGUACAUACCCCCAAAAUGUAGAACUACAAGAAAUAGUAAUAUUGAAAGAUUGAAUCAGUGAUAAAGAGUCUCACUAAAAAGAUCCUGGGUCCACAUUGUUACAUUGCUGAAUUUGAUGCAACUUUUUUCAUUUACUUUAUCUCUUCUUUGCUUCUUCUUUUUCUUUUUUCUUUUUCUUUUUCUUUUUUUUUUUUAUUGUGUGUAUGUAUGUGCGUGUGUAUGGGGAGGAGGUAGGAAUGGUCUUAUAUAUUCCAGUCUGGUCUCAAACACCCUAUAUAGCUGGGGAUGACCUUGAACUUUUUUUUAAUAUUUAUUAUGUAUACAGUAUUUUGUCCACGUGUAUGCCUGCAGGCGAGAAGAGGGCACCAGACCUCAUUACAGAAUGUUGUGAGCCACCAUGUGGUUGCUGGGAAUUGAACUCAGGACCUUUGGAAGAGCAGGCAAUGCUCUUAACCACUGAGCCAUCUCUCCAGCCCGACCUUGAACUUUUGAUCUGCUUGCAUUCACAUGCCAGUUUAUGCAGAAUUGGGGAUUGAACUCCAGGACUUUGUACUCAGCAGGCAGGCACCCUACCAGCUGAACCACAUCCCAAGCUCCUGAGUUUAUCCAAACUUCUAAAGAACUAGUACUAAUGCUUCUCAAAUCAUAAAAGAAGACAAGAAUCAUUAUAUGUAGGAGUGCAUAGGUCUGUGUGGAUGUGACUACAUAGAGGAACAAGGGUGAGAUGGGAAGAAGAGCAAAAGCAUACUUGGAAAAAGUUACAGUGUUUUCUAGCACCUAUGUGCUGAUUGUUAAAACGUAGAAAACAACUGAAAAGGAGGAGACCCUUCCCAACUUAUUCUGUUCAGUCUGAAAUAUCUGUUACUAAAGUCUGACAACAUAACAACAAGAGAAAACUACAGAGCAGUAAUCCUACUGGGCAAAAAAGGGAAUAUCCUCAAGAACAUGCUUGCAAAUAAAAUUCAAGAGUUUAUCAGAAAGAUCAUACAUUAUGUUCAGGUUGGUUUCAUUCCAGGGAUACAAGAAUGUUUCAGAAUAUACAAAUCAGCUACAUAUUACAUAAUGUAUACAUAAUACCAUUGCAUAAAUUGAAUGAAUUAUAAAAAUCAUGAUUGCCUCAAUAGAUAGAGAAACAGUAGUGAUAACAUUUAUUCAUAGUAAAAUUCCUGGAUGUAUUAGGUAUAGAAAAAUUGUGCCUUAACAUAAUACAGCCUGUCUAUGACAGACAUUUAGGCAGCAUCCUACUGAAUGAGGAAAAAUGAAAACAUAUUCUCCCAGGUAAGAAUUGAAAUAUCCUGCUAUUGUGGUUAGUAUAGCUCUAGUGUGUCUUGAAAUUUUGUAUUGUCACAGUUUUUAUUUAGUAUAAUAUUAGAAAUUUUAACUAGAGCAAAUUUUAACUAGACCACUUUGGCAAGAGAAAGAAAGAAAAGCCAAAUUAUCACUCUUUAAAAAUGAUGUAAUUCUGCCAGUGUUGAAGGGACAGAGGCACUGCACUGUUCCUCUUAGGAGCAUGAGGAGGUCUCCUAGUCCUUUAAGGACCUUGACUCAAGACAAACUGAUUCCUGGCUUUGAUGCAGUAAAUAAGGAUUAAGUAUUAUGAAACAGGUGUGUAUUUUUAUUACUAAAUGUAGUUUAAUCUAGUCUUAAUGUAUGAGACAGACAAACUGAAGUGUGGCUAUGAACCUCCUAAGGAAAAAUUAUAAUUUUAUUAAUAUCAGUCAUGUGUAAUAUUCAAAGAGGAAACAAUGCAAAUAUCCAUCAAUGAUAAGUAAGCAAAAUGGAGUGCAUCCAUACAAGGCUAAUUAAUAGUGUCUGAGGUCUCUGCAGAGAGGGAAAUGGAAGAUAACUCCUAACAAUGAUAGGAUUUCUUUAAGUAUGAUGAUGAAAUGUUACAAAAUGUAUAGGUAUGGUAUUUAGUCAACUAUGAAUAUGCUAAAAAGUUUUGGUGUAUCAGUUACACACCCACAUCAGCCAGCCAUUCUACUGUUAGAAAUUUAUGCAAGAGAAAAGAAAAUGACCCUCCAUCUAUGGGUCUGUGGCUUCCGUAUCUGUAGAUUUAGUCAACAGCAGACCAGAAAUGUUUAGAAAAGCCAGGUGUGGUGGUGCACAUCUCUAGUCUCAACACUUGGGGGACUGAGUGGCAAGACUCAGUAUUAGAAGCCCAACUGAACAACAUGGUGAGAUCCAGGUACAGCUGGACUAUGGUUGAAACAUCUACCUCAAAAAAAAAAAAAAAUGGGUAGGUAGGUAAAAGGGUUCCUGUACUAACAUAUAUAGAGGGUAUUUUCCAAUGUACUAUUGUAUAUUUCAUAUAAAUAUUUGUUUGUGCAUGUAUAUAGCCACAUGUUUAUAAAAGCCAAAAGCUAGAAUUGAACCAAAUGGCCUACUAUUCAGCAACAAAAAGAAAUGCAUAUCAGAUCCAGGGAUAUUAAGUUGAAAUCAGAAGUGUUUAGAUUUCAGAUUUUGGAAUAUUUUCCUAUAUAGUAAAGUAUCUUGUGGAUAUGACCCAUCUAAGCAUGCAAUUUAUUAUUGUUUCUUACAUGCCUUAUGCCCAUGGUCUGAAGUCCUACACACCUCCAAGCAAUGAGUUCAAGAUCAGCAUGAAACUGGAAGCCCAGGACCCCAGGAACACCACAUCCACCUGUAUUGCCACAGUAGUUGGACUGACAGGUGCCCGACUGCGCCUGCGCCUUGAUGGCAGCGACAACAAGAAUGACUUCUGGAGACUGGUUGACUCCUCUGAGAUACAGCCAGUUGGAAACUGCGAGAAGAGUGGUGGCAUGCUGCAGCCCCCACUAGGAUUUCGACUGAAUGCCUCCUCUUGGCCCAUGUUCCUUUUGAAGACACUAAAUGGAGCAGAGAUGGCUCCCAUCAAGAUUUUCCAUAAGGAGCCACCAUCACCUUCCCACAACUUCUUCAAAAUGGGAAUGAAGUUAGAAGCUGUAGACAGAAAGAACCCUCAUUUCAUUUGCCCAGCCACUAUUGGAGAAGUUCGAGGCUCAGAGGUGCUUGUCACUUUUGAUGGGUGGCGAGGUGCAUUUGAUUAUUGGUGCCGCUUUGACUCCCGGGACAUCUUUCCUGUGGGCUGGUGUUCUUUGACUGGAGAUAAUCUGCAGCCACCUGGCACCAAAGUUGUGAUUCCAAAGAAUCCUUCCCCUGCAUCUGAUGUGAAUACUGAGAAGCCCAGCAUCCACAGCACCAAAACUGUCUUGGAGCAUCAACCAGGGCAGAGGGGGCGCAAACCAGGAAAGAAGCGGGGCCGAACACCCAAGAUCCUUAUUCCCCAUCCCACCUCUACUCCAUCCAAGUCAGCUGAACCUUUGAAAUUCCCAAAGAAGAGGGGUCCCAAACCUGGCAGUAAGAGGAAACCUCGGACUUUGCUGAGCCCACCACCCACCUCACCAACAACCAGCACUCCUGAACCGGAUACCAGCACUGUUCCCCAGGAUGCUGCCACCAUCCCCAGUUCAGCCAUGCAGGCCCCCACAGUUUGUAUCUACUUGAACAAGAGUGGCAGCACAGGCCCCCACUUGGAUAAGAAGAAGAUCCAACGACUUCCUGAUCAUUUCGGGCCAGCCCGUGCCUCCGUGGUGUUACAGCAGGCUGUCCAGGCUUGCAUUGACUGUGCUUAUCAUCAGAAAACCGUCUUCAGCUUCCUCAAACAGGGCCACGGCGGUGAGGUCAUCUCAGCCAUGUUUGACCGGGAACAGCACACUCUCAACCUCCCAGCAGUCAACAGCAUCACUUAUGUCCUCCGCUUCCUGGAGAAGCUCUGCCACAACCUUCGGAGUGACAAUCUGUUUGGCAACCAGCCCUUUACACAGACUCACUUACCACUCACUGCCACAGAGUACAGCCACAGCCACGACAGGUACCUACCAGGUGAAUCCUUUGCCCUGGGGAAUAGCCUGGCCCGGUCCUUGGAGACACACUCAGACUUGAUGGACACUGCCUUGAAGCCUGCCAGCCUCAUCGGCACUUCCCAGAACAUUCGAACUCCUGGUUAUCGGCCCUUGGCUCCCUCCUGUGGCCUCCCAUUGAGCACUGCCUCAGCUGUGCGCAGGCUCUGCUCCAGGGGAGUGUUGAAAGGAACAAAUGAAAGGAGGGACAUGGAAUCAUUUUGGAAACGAAGUCAUUCCCCAGGGUCAGAUCGGUAUCUGGAGAGCCGAGAUGCCCCUCGCCUGAGUGGCCGGGACCCUUCUUCAUGGUCAGUGGAGGAUGUGAUGCAGUUUGUCCGGGAAGCAGAUCCUCAGCUCGGACCCCAUGCUGACCUCUUCCGAAAACACGAGAUCGAUGGCAAGGCCCUGCUCCUGCUGCGCAGUGACAUGAUGAUGAAGUACAUGGGCCUGAAGCUGGGGCCCGCCCUCAAGCUCUCCUUUCACAUUGACCGGCUGAAGCAGGGCAAGUUCUGAACAGGAGGCAUUCUUCUCCCCGGAAGCCGCCAGCCAGCUCCCAGGCACCUCCAUAGGGCUCUGGGUGACCUCAGGACUCCAGGAGGCUGGAGAACCACCACUGCUGCCCCUCCUACCAUGAUGUGUCCUUCCAUGAAGGACUGAGGAGGGAAGAGUGUGGGCCCAGGGCUGGUGGUGCUCUUCCCCUUGGCCUGCUGUGGCUCCCAGGCCCCUCCUAUUUAUUUCUCAAGGCUUGCCAAGCCACUCCCCACAAGUUUAGACUGAGCACCUUGCAAAGAGAUGGAGGAAAAGGCCAACUCUAGGACCUUGAAAGGCCCCGACACCCAGGCCCCUCACCGCCUCCUGGACUUGGGAGAGGGUCCCAUGGCCCCCAGCUCAUGCCUUCUCACCAGAUCCCCAGACUCUGAACUUAUGGUGCAGACCUUUUUUUAAAAGCUCCUUUCUUGUUGCUAAUUUAUUGCUUCUGGCACUUGGACUUCAUGCUUUUCUUGCACCAGAGAUUUUUGGGAAGGAGACCACCCUCUGUGUUCCAGAGAGGGCCUCUCCAGAGAAGUAUGACCCUGUUCCAGAGGACACUGCCCUAGGGCUCUUUCUCUCUGGGAUGGACAGAGGCAUAUGGCUGACUGGGCAUGGAAAGGUGAGGGUCCCUCUUCCCACAUUAGGCCCUUUGUAGCCCCAGUCUCUCUCUCUCUCUCUCUCUCUCUCUCUCUCUCUCUGAUGUAUUUUCCCACCACCCUGCCCACAUGACAGCUCCCUGCCCUGUUCAGAAUUGCUGCAAAAGAUGGGGCCCAAUGCCUCUAGGCCAUGGCCCCAAGGUGGGACGGAGGACCUCCAGGCUGGAGGGGUUGCCCUCUGCUAGCUUCUGUGCUUCCUCCUAAGCAAGCCAGCAGCACUGCUGCCCCCACUGCCAUCUGAACUAUUUUAUGUCAGUUUGUUUAUAAAUAAAAACCAAUACAAAUGCCCA